AUGGCUUCAUGGAGCGCAGCUGUAGUGGGCGUGCUGGUGUUUGUGGUGUUGGGCAUGGGAGCAGGGCCGGCGGCGGCGAAGAUGGCGUGCAAGGGCUGCCCCACGUACUGCAGCUCGAUGUGCAACAGCACCAUCAGGGGAGUGGCGUCGUCGAGCAACUGGUAUUUCUGCAACGGCCCCUGUGGCUCACCGACGAACUGCGUGGAGGGCUGCAAGUCCUCCGGCCGCGCGCCGUGCUUGAGCGCCUGCGCAAGCUCGUGCAGCCCCUCGGCCGGGAAUACCUACUGCUCCAGCUUCUGCGCCGGCUCUUGCAGCCGCAUCGACUACGAAACCGCGUGCAAGAGUAGGUGCUGCCCUUCCCGUCGGCAGUGCGACGAACGCAUCAGCGGCAUCAUCCAGACGUGCAUCACCGGCUGCACCACCGGCUGCCAGGCCAACUGUGUCACCGCCUGA